AAAUUAGCAUGUAUUUGUUCAAAAUUUUUUUCUCAACAGAGAAGUCAAGCAUGGCUGAAGAAAAUUAUACCAUGAAAAACGAAUUUAUCCUCACAGGAUUUAUGGAUCAUCCAGAAUUGAAAAGCCUUCUGUUUGCAGUGUUCUUUGCCAUCUAUCUGGUCACCAUAGUGGGAAAUCUUGGCCUUGUGAUACUGAUUUCAAAAGAGCGUCGUCUUCAUACACCAAUGUACAUCUUUCUAGGCAACCUGGCUCUUGUGGACUCUUGCUGUGCCUGUGCCAUUACUCCUAAGAUGUUAGAGAACUUCUUUUCUGAGGACAGAAUGGUUUCCCUCUAUGAAUGCAUGGCACAAUUCUAUUUUCUUUGUACUGUUGAAACUGCCGACUGCUUUCUCCUGGCAGCAAUGGCCUAUGAUCGCUAUGUGGCAAUUUGCAGUCCACUGCAGUACCACACCAUGAUGUCAAAGAAGCUCUGUAUUUACUUGACCACAGGGGCCUUUAUAGCUGGAAACUUGCAUUCCAUGAUUCAUGUAGGACUUUUAUUUAGGUUAGCUUUCUGUGGAUCAAAUCAUAUUAACCACUUUUAUUGUGAUAUUCUUCCUUUAUAUAGACUCUCCUGUGUUGAUCCUUAUGUUAAUGAACUGGUACUGUUUAUCUUUUCAGGAUCAAUUCAAGUCUUCACUAUAGGUAGUGUUUUAGUAUCUUAUCUUUAUAUUCUUUUUACUAUUUUCAAAAUGAAAUCCAAAGAGGGAAGAGUCAAAGCCUUUUCUACCUGUGCAUCCCACUUGUUGUCUGUGUCAUUAUUUUAUGGAUCUCUUUUCUUCAUGUACAUUAGACCGAAUUUGCUUGAAGAAGGAGAUCAGGAUAUACCAGCUGCUAUUUUGUUUACAAUAGUCGUUCCCCUAUUAAAUCCUUUUAUUUAUAGCCUGAGAAAUAAGGAAGUAAUUAGUGUCUUGAGAAAACUUCUGAAGAUAAAUUCUCAAGAAAGUUUGAAACAAAUGACAGCUACAGUGACCUAAUGAUUUAAAUACAGCAAAAU